CGUUUCCGUCUUCCUCCCCGGGUUCCGGCAGGGCCAUGGCGCUGGAGGCCAUCCGCUACCGCCGCGGCUCCCUGGCCGUCCUCAACCAGCUCCUGCUGCCCGAGCAGCUCCGCUACGAGCCCGUGGCCAGCGUGGAACGCGCCUGGGAGGCCAUCAGGGCCAUGGAGGUGCGGGGGGCGCCGGCCAUCGCGCUGGUGGGGUGCCUGAGCCUGGCGGUGGAGCUGGCGGGGGGCGCGGGGGGGGACGACGCGGGCGAGCUGGCCGCCUUCGUGGGCGAGCGGCUGCGGUUCCUGCUGACGGCGCGGCCCACGGCCGCCAACCUGGGCCGCGAGGGCCGGCGGCUGCAGGACUUGGCCCGGAGGCGAGCGCAGACCCCCGGCGUCACCGCGCAGGAGCUGCGGGAGAGCCUCAUCGAGCACAUCGAGGGGCUGCUGGCGCAGGACGUGGCCGACAACCGCAGGCUGGGGGCUCACGGGGCCCAGCACAUCCUGGAGCGCGUCCCCCCCGGCGGCGUCACCCUCCUCACCCACUGCAACACCGGCACCUUGGCCACCGCCGGCUACGGCACCCGCGCUGGGUGGGUGCUGGGGUUCGGGGGGGGCGUGGUGCGGGCGCUGCACGAGCGGGGCCGGCUGCGGCGGGUGUUCUGCACCGAGACGCGCCCCUACAACCAGGGGGGGCGGCUGACGGCCUUCGAGCUGCGCCACGACGGGCUCCCCGCCACCCUCAUCGCCGGCGCCGCCGCCGCCGCCAUGCGGGAACACGGCGUGCAGGCGGUGGUGGUGGGGGCCGACCGCGUGGCGGCCAACGGCGACACGGCCAACAAGGUGGGGACGUUCCCGCUGGCGCUGGCGGCGCGACACCUCGGCGUCCCCUUCUACGUGGCGGCCCCCGGCGCCUCCUGCGACCCCUCCCUGCCCGACGGCACCCGCGUCCCCAUCGAGCAGCGCCCGCCGCGGGAGCUCACCCACCUGCGGGGGGUCUGCCUCGCCCCCCCCGAUAUCGACGUGUGGAACCCGGCCUUUGACGUCACGCCGCAUGACCUCAUCACGGGCGGCAUCAUCACCGAGUGGGGGGUGUUCGCCCCCGGCGAGCUGCGCGCGGCGCUGGCGGCGCGCGGGCAUUAAACGCCACUUCCGGCGCGGGGUGGAAAGAGGAAGAGAGAGCGCUUCCGCCUCGCUGUAUCCGGCAUCCCUUGCGCCGCGCGCCCCGCCAUAUCCCGGCGUCCUUUGCGCCUUGCCGUAUCCCGGCACCCCUCGCGCGCCCCGCCC